GCUGGGCAGUCAGCUGGCGGCGGGGCGAUAAGAGGGCGGGCGGAGCGCGCGCGUCCUGCCCGCGCUCCCGAACGGGGGAGGAGAGGAGCGGAGCGGCGCGGCGCGGCACCGACCAUGGCCGAGACCAUCGCGGACACGCGGCGCCUCAUCAGCAAGCCGCAGAACCUCAACGACGCCUACGGGCCGCCCAGCAACUUCCUGGAGAUCGACGUGGGCAACCCGCAGACCGUGGGCGUGGGCCGCGGCCGCUUCACCACCUACGAGAUCCGCGUCAAGACAAAUCUUCCUAUCUUCAAGCUGAAAGAAUCUACAGUCAGAAGAAGAUAUAGUGACUUUGAAUGGCUGAGGAAUGAACUAGAAAGAGAAAGCAAGGUUGUGGUACCACCCCUACCAGGAAAAGCUCUUCUCCGUCAGCUCCCCUUUCGAGGAGAUGAUGGUAUAUUUGAUGAUUCCUUUAUAGAGGAGAGGAAGCAGGCUCUUGAGCAGUUCAUAAACAAGGUUGCUGGUCAUCCCCUGGCACAGAACGAGCGCUGUCUUCACAUGUUCUUGCAAGAUGAAGUAAUAGACAAAAACUACACACCAUCCAAAAUAAGACAUACUUGAGUUCUGAAACCAUCUUCUCAUGUUAGUGGUUGUUAUGCUUGGUUUUAAGAGGUUGUAGUUUGUCUUAGCAUGCUGAGGAUAAACAGGCACAAAGCCUCCACUAACAUCAGUACACUGCUUGGUCUUUGCAUAUGCUUUAUAGCAUUAAAGAACUCACUUGUCUUUUAGCUGAAUCCUUCUGAAUUCUUGAUUUAAGAGUAUUAAACUGAGACCAUCCGCCCCUUACAAUGUCUCACAAGCCUUUCCACCCUUAUUUGCAAUGACUUAACAAUGUUUACUGACUUGGCCUUACUUGAACUUGCACAGUUGUAGUGUCACGUGUGCACUUGUAUAUGACUAAACUGCUUUGCUCUUUCUGAGGUAGUCAUCUGUCUGAACUUCUGUAGAAAGAUUGCUUUCAUUCAGAUACCCUGUAUGAGAAACACUUAUGCAAUUGUCUUCAUGCUUGUAAAACACUUUAUACUGAGGUAAUGAGGGAAUUAUCUUUAUAUUCUGUAAGAGGGAAAAAAUCAGAUUUAUAUACUAAAAUAACUUGUCUAAAGUUUUGAAAUAAAAGUGAAAAUGCACUUGAAAUGUUUGUCACUCUUGACCUUCAGUGUGAUGUAUCCCCUGCUUUCUGAGAAGCAGGGAUUUGGCUGCGCUGAGAUGCUCUUUCAGCCUUGCUGGGAUGCCCUUCUGCGAUGUAGGCUUGUGCCACUACCAGCCAGCACUAAAUAUGAAGAUGCUGACGCUUGCUGCUCAGGUCUUACAGAACAYGUAGGACUUGCAGAUCAUUCCUGUGUUGCAGUGCUAAAGCUGGAGCCCAAAUCAUGCUAGGCAGUUGUCGGAUUGUGGCCUCAAUARGAGCUUCAAGGUGAGGUACCUUUGUAGCUGGAGUGAGAAGCAUCAAUCUGGCUUUAGCUGUGCUGCAGAGGAAGGAGUAUCAUUUUUGUAGAUAUUGUUCAUGUUACUCUUCAGUCCUACAGCUGAAGAUCAAGGUAGCUGUGCUCUAGGAAUGCCAGAUAARGAUAUGGAGUCAUAUGAGACAGGUAGAAGAUUAGCAUAAAGUUUACAACCUGCGUUUCAACCUUAAUCUCCUGUGCACAAGCGAGCAUUGCUGAGGUUGUCCUCCUCUCUGCAUCCUCCCAGAGCUGGAGAUGCUUCCUUGGUGCUCUCAGAUGUGACGUGUGUUACCUGUCUAGAUCCUCUUGAGAAGCAUUUCAAGAACUCUUGCRGCCAGCUGAUCUGGGCAUUCUCUUCCCUUCAUAACAGUGCAUGUUCUAAACCACCUUUCUUAAUGUAUGUUGGCUUAGCCUUGUUUCUGUCACUUUUUUGUUUUUGGUGUGCUUCCUAUCGCUUUAUAAAGUCUUACAAAUUUACUAGCACAAUCCUUAUGUUCUUUAGAUGAGACCAUUAACCUCAUGUUGAACUUCCCCCAGGCCCUUUGUACACAAAUCUGGAUGUAAAAGGCCCRACUGACAAAACACUGGUACUUGACUGGAUUGUACAGGGUAGCAGUGGAUGUUGUCUUCAAGCCUACUAGCUAAAAUAAAACAACAGGUCUGUGGGCUCUGUUUCUUCUAACCAAAGGCAAUAUAUUUAUUCUUGAAUUUUGGAAUGGGAAAUUAAUAUACUGGGCUGGUGGCAAAGCGGUGAGUUGCAAAGUUGCUGUGCCAGUUUUGGUCCCUGGUUUCAUGAAUGAGAUUCAACAAAGUUCUUGCUCUGCUGAGUAUGAUGAGGAAGCAAUUAUUUUAACACCCAGCUGUUCAGGUCUAGCUUUCAAGAAGCUUUCUGUGCUGCAAAAUAAUCAAUUCUAGAAUUGUCUGUUUGAAUUACAUUUAGAAAUGGAAUUAAUUAUGGAAAUAGGGGAAGAAGUUAUAGAUAUGUGUAAUGUUUCUUUGCUUAGUCUCAGAUGCAUAGCAGGGGCUUUUUUUUUUUUUUUUUUUCCUCUGCCUCCAGCUAUUCCUUUCUGUGAGAAAGCACACAGCCAGUGCUGCGUGUUAUGCCUAAAGGAUGACACAAUCCCUCCCUAUGACCUACUCUGGAGAAAGGAAGACUGAAGGGAGAGUGCUGCAUAGCUGGUGUGUUCUUGGCAGAUUCUCCUUUUCCCCUCUCGGAUGUCUAGUGAGGACUCUGGCGUGUUACCUGCUGGAGCUGGCAGGAUCAGGCUCUGCAGGGGACAUCUGAACUGGUCUCUAAGGUUUCACUUGGGUGUCAGUCCUUUAAGGCUGACUAGAGAGCCUAAUUAUAGCAUAGCGCGGCUUGCACUGCAAUCUGCUCUU